AAAACGAUGGAAAAGGAAAUUUAUUUCACCCGGGUAUUAUAAAUGAUUUAAAAGGGAAAGUUGUAGGACGGAAUAUGAAUAAGAAAAACUUUUAGGGGUGGCAGUGCAUUUACAUUAAUAACGACGUUCUUGGAUGAGUUCACUCGCCGGUGAACGGAGAAACGAAACAACAAAUACAAGAAGAGCUCUCUUACUUGUAACCGAAGAAGACCAAAGAAAAAUGGAGAAUCCAUGUGUAGAAUAAGGAAUUAUGCAAGGACUUCAUCACCAGCAGCAGCAAUUAGCGGCGCUUCUCACCGUCGCUUUACCCAAAGAAGAUCCUUCGAAAUCCACUUCUACUUCAACAACUUCAGCUGCUGAAGAUGACGAGUCUUCUCGUGUAGCCGCUAUAACUUCUCUCAAACGCGCCAUUCUUUACCCUCCAAACUCUCUCCUCAUCACUCACUCCGCUUCUUUCCUUGCCCAAGGCUUCUCUCAGCUCCUCUCCGACAAGUCAUAUUCAGUGCGUCAGGCAGCAGCUACUGCUCAUGGCGCUUUGUGUUCUGUACUGUGUUUAAUCUCGAUAGCUCCAAAUGGAAGGCAGAACCAUGUCAUUCUUGGCAGUUUGGUUGAUCGGUUCAUUGGUUGGGCAUUGCCAUUGCUCAGCACUAUAGCAGAUGGGACAACAGAUCUUGCAUUGGAGGGCUUGCGUGAAUUUCUUAAUGUUGGGGAUGUUGCUGCAGUUGAGAGGUUUGCGUUGCCAAUUCUCAAGGCUUGCCAAGAGCUUCUUGAGGAUGAGAGAACCUCCUUGAGCUUACUGCGCAGGCUUCUCGCUGUUUUAACACUAAUCUCCUUGAAGUUCUUUAGAUGCUUUCAGCCCCAUUUUGUUGAUGUUGUUGAUCUCCUCCUUGGGUGGGCGAUGGUACCGGACCUUGCAGAAUCUGAUAGGCGCGUUAUUAUGGAUAGUUUCCUGCAGUUUCAGAAAUAUUGGGUGACUAAUAUGCAGUUCCCAUUGGGAUUGCUCUCGAAGUUUCUAGGUGACAUGGACGUGCUGCUUCAGGAUGGAAGUCCUGGUAGCUCCCAGCAAUUCCAAAGAUUACUUGCAUUAUUGUCUUGUUUUUCUACAGUGUUACAGUCCACAGCAUCCGGUUUGCUGGAGAUGAAUAUGCUUGAGCAGAUAAGUGAACCUCUUUGUAAAAUGGUUCCUGUUCUAUUAGAAUGCAUGUCUAUGAUGGGAAAAAAGUUUGGCUGGUCAAAAUGGAUUGAGGAUUCUUGGAGAUGCUUGACUUUGCUUGCUGAAAUUUUGAGUGAACGGUUUGCAACAUUUUACCCCAUUGCCGUUGAUAUCUUGUUUCAGAGCUUGGAGAUGGCAAGUAAAGACCUGUCUACGGGGAUGAAGAAGCUUGAUUCCUUUCAGGUUCAUGGGGUUCUUAAAACCAAUUUACAGUUGCUGUCUCUGCAAAAGCUUGGUCUUUCUCCAUCAUCUGUUCACAAGAUAUUACAAUUCGGUGCGCCUAUAUCUCAGCUGCGUUUGCAUCCCAACCACUUAGUGCCAGGAAGUUCGGCAGCUACUUAUAUUUUUUUGCUUCAACAUGGAAACUUUGAGGUUGUUGAAAAAUCAGUGAUUGUGCUGCUUGAGGAGCUGGAUUUGUUAAGGUGCAUGCUCAGACAAAAAUCAGACCUGCAGAAUCCGGGGUAUGAUGUCACGGUUCCUAAAUCUUACUCGAAAUCCGAGCUAUUUGCAUUGAUUAAGUUUGAUUUGAGGGUGUUACUUAGUUGUGUUUCUUUAGGCACUGGAGCUAGCAUGAUUGGCCAAAUGGAAAUCGACACUCUGUAUGUUAAUAGGUCAGGAAAGUUAAUAUCGAGCAUUAUUGGCAAUCUUAACCCUUUUGAGUCACCUGUCCGAGGGCUUGUUGAAUUGCAAGUCACAGUUCUCAAGACGUUAGAAAGACUAGCGGCACUUGAAUUUUUAAGCAAGUGUUCUCUAAGGAAACAAGUUACAGCCACAGUUUCACAGGAAAUAACACCUGAGAAACUCAAAAAGGUUGAGAAUGAGAGGAAUGAACUUCCUGGGCUAGUCCUACAGCAUCUGGAAAUGUAUGGUAUCCUUCUUAUAAGAGCUCUUCAUGUCACUUCUCCUCUAGCAGUUAAAAUAGAAGCACUACAGUGGAUACAUGAAUUCUGUGGAAAAGUUGUUGGCAUAUAUGAGAAUGAGAAGGUAUUAUAUUUUCCAUAUGAAGUAUUUGGAUAUGUGGACGUUGUCCAGGAUUUGCUGUUCUCCGUUCUGGAUGCGGCGUCAGAUAGAGAACCAAAAUUGAGAUCUCUUGUUGCAUUAGUCCUUCAGAUGCUUCUACAAGCAAAGCUUAUUCAUCCUACACACUUUAUAAUUACUACUCAGGCGGUUCUUGAAAAACUUGGUGAUCCAGAUGAAGAUAUAAGAAGUGCAUUUGUCAGGUUGCUUUCAAAUGUGCUACCUAUUACAGUGUAUGCAUGUGGUCUCCGUGAUAAUGUAGCUUCUACUACAUGCUGGCCAGGUGUUCUUAGAUUUAACAGUAGGUCGAACCUGCACUGGAAGCAACUUUUUGCACUUAAGCAACUGCCUCAGCAACUUCAUUCACAGCAACUUGUUACCAUACUUAGUUACAUUGCACAGAGAUGGAAAGUGCCUCUUUCUUCUUGGAUCCAGAGGCUCAUUUGUAGCUGCGGGCGCCCCAAAAAUGUUACCUUGAUUCAGCCUGAGGAAACAGCUAAUUGCAGCUCGAAUGGGCUAUUGUGGGAUACCAAAGUUGACGAAGAUAUUCUUGAGAGAAUUUGCUCUGUUAACACCCUUGCUGGUGCAUGGUGGGCAAUACAUGAAGCUACUAGAUAUUGUAUUACCACUCGCCUUAGGACGAACCUUGGUGGUCCAACUCAAACGUUUGCAGCAUUGGAGCGUAUGCUUCUUGAUGUUGCUCAUGUCUUGCAGCUUGAUGCUGAUCAAAGUGAUGGAAACUUAAAUAUUAUUGGUUCUUCUUAUGCUCACUUGUUACCUAUGAGAUUGUUGCUUGAUUUUGUUGAGGCUCUUAAGAAAAAUGUGUACAAUGCAUAUGAAGGAUCAACUGUUUUACCCAGUGCUUCUCGGCAAAGUUCCUUGUUCUUUCGGGCAAAUAAGAAGGUUUGUGAGGAGUGGUUUUCUCGGAUAAGUGAGCCUAUGUUGAAUGCAGGAUUGGCGCUCCAAUGUCAUGAUGCUACGAUUUAUUAUUGCGCAUUGCGCUUGCUGGAGCUGAGGAGCCUAGUGACUUCAGCUAUAAAAGACAGGUCUAGAGUGGAAGUGACUGAAAAUAUCCACAAUGUCAGAGCCAGGUAUGCUGCAGAUAUCUUGAGGGUUUUACGGCACAUAUGUUUGGCUUUCUGUAAAACUCAUGAGCCAGAGGCAUUAAUUGGUAUCCAGAAUUGGGCUACAGUAGUUUUCUCUCCCUUG